ACAUACCGGUAUGUGUUUUUAUUAUAGGAUGUCAGAGCUAUCCUGAUGGACUCUUUUAACGGAGAGAACUUCGUGAAGGAAAUGGAUAAUGGAAUGCUUUCUGUACAAUCUCGCAUAAAGGUUGUGCGAAUCCUGGUGUCUUGGUUAAUACAAGAAUUUACAAGCAAGCCACCUACAGAUGUCAAGGUCGCUCUAGCCAAGGCGGUGGUGUCGCAAUUUCCCAAGCUAAAGGACCUUGAAGGAGUAGGUCAUGAAGCAUGGUAUUCUCCAGCUAGGGAGAAACGGGAGGCAUCUGGAUAUUUGGAAUACCGACUUGUAAAUGUACGAAAGAGAGCACAAAAAAGUGCACCGAUUACAUCGGAGCCAAAGUAG